AUGUUGUUUCCUGCUGUAUUGGAGAGAACUGGCAUUACAGCUUUUGAUCUCAGCAAGGUGAUAGAGGGUUUCGUCAGGCAUGAAGAUUCUCUUCCUAGAGAGUUGAGGAGGCAUUUAAAUUCCUUGGAAGAACGACUUUUGGAGAAGCCCAUGCCAUCUCUGGAUGCGAUUGCCAUCCACAUGAACCUUUCUUCAGCAGGCCUGCCACCCAUUCCUGCUUCACAGAAGCAUGAGAAUUCUACAGGUCAAAAUAGAGAUAUUAUGUCUCCAAAGAGACCUUGCACAGAGUACAUGAGUGUUUUAGUAGAGCGGAAUUCCUUUACAUUACCAGUAAAAGAUCGCUUACUCGCCCUCACUAAUCUUAAGUCAAAGCUUCCACCGCCUGCACUGCAAUCUGCAUUUGCCAGUCCAACCCGUCCAAGUCCUGGAGGAGGAGGUGAAACAUGCGUCGAAACAGGGAUCGACAUAUUCUUUGGCAAGAUCAAUAAGCUGGCUGUUGUCAGAGUCAAUGGCAUGAUUGAAAGGCUCCAACAGUCACAACAACACAUAAGAGAGGAUGUAUACAGUCUAUUUCAGCAAGUACUCAUCCAACGCACAUAUCUCUUCUUUAAUCGCCACAUCGACCAAAUCCUCCUUUGCUGUCUCUACGGAAUUGCCAAGGUUUGGCGGCUGUUACAUUAG